UCGACCCAAAAAAAGGAAUCGAUUCCACAACUUGGCGGUAGUAGAAUCGGACAUCGAUUCUUCUCGGAUCGACAAUCGCCCCAUCCCGCAGUAACUGUACCAACAUCAACAUCGCCAGCAGCAGCAGCAUCACCAAGGAUAUCAACAACAAAAUCACCAACAAACACAUGCAAAGCUCCGACACCAACUCCAGCAACAUUCCCAACAGCGAUACCACCAACAUCACCAAUGACAACCACCAACAUGAUGAGGAGCACUGUCAACGGCGAAGUCGGUGGUGGUGGUGGUGAAGACGACGACGAUGCUAGUGACACCACCACCAUCACCACACUCCACACAUCCAGCCACGACACCCAGCUCCUCCUCGCUCUGCUUCUCAGCUGCCACCAGCUGCUCCAUCUCCUCCGGCUACGCAGACGACGACGCCGGCUGCUGCUGCACCUUCACCACCACCGCAUGUGCCGCUCGCUGUUCGCGCGGGCCCGGGCCCUGCUCAGGCCCCACCGACGCUUCUGGAUGGCGCCCCAGAGCCAACAUUGGUGGGAAUUCGUGGUGCAGGAGGGCUUCGCCGACGUCGACUGGCUGCGAGAAUUCCGCAUGCGCCGUGCCACCUUCGAGCGCCUCUGUUCGCUGGUGGCGGCCGACGUCGCUCCCGCCGCCGCCUUCGUCCGCAAGCCCGUGGACACUCGCAAGCGGGUGGCCAUCGCGAUCUUCAAGCUCGCCACGGGCGCAGAGUAUCGUGUCGUGGGCAAGCUGUUCGGUGUCAGUAAGACGACGGUGCACCGCUACCUCUACCGCGUGUGCAGGUGUGUGUGUCACCUCCUGCUGCGACACAGUGUGCAUCUUCCGGCCCUGGAAGAGGCACGUGCCAUAUCUGAGCGCUUCUGCAAGCAGCAUGUCCUGCCACAGGUCUUUGGCUGCAUUGGCAGCACACACAUCCCAGUACUCGCACCCAGGCUGGGCUCCAGAGACUACGCCAACAGGAACCAGUGGCCCUCCAUCAUCCUGCAGACCAUUGUGGACGACACGCUGAGGUUCCGAAACAUCUAUGUUGGCGUUCCAGGAAACACUCACCACGCAACAGCAUUCCACAUGUCAGAUUUGUAUAAGAAUCCUGAUCGUUUGCCCAAAGCUACCAUAGACAUGAAAGGUGUGGAUGUCCCACUCAUGAUCGUUGGUGAACCAGCAUUUCCGCUACUCCCUUGGCUAAUGAAAAUCUACGCAGAAAAACACUUGACCAAUGAGAGGGAGGUGUACAACACUCACAUCAACGCCAUCCUCGUUAAAGUGGAACAAGCCUUUGUCAAGCUCAAAGGUCGCUGGAGAAUUCUCUUGAAGCGCUCUGAUGUGCACCAUAUGUUCAUGCCCACGGUGGUGGCCACCUGCUGCGUUCUGCACAACUUGUGUGAAGAGCAGUACUGAUGACUUUCUUACCACAUGGCAAGAGGAGGUGAAGGAGAUGCAGCACCAGCAACGGCAACCAAAGGCAAGCCAAUGUGAGGGUCAGGAGAACCACGAAGCGGUGGUGAUCCGUGACGCUCUUGUGGCUUACAUCACUGAGCAUGUGCAUCAAGAGGGCAUUACAGCACAAAGCUAACGAAAAUGUAAUUUGUGUAGCACAGAUAACAUGUUUUUUAUGACAGAAUCCAAUCUCAUUGGGUUAACAUUGCUUGCUAUGUGCAGUACUGUAAUUACUGUACUUAAUUAGCAAGCAAAACACAUUUUAAGCGUUUUACAUCAGCUUAGAAUCAAAAAUGUUUGUACAUUAUUAACUGGCCUACCUGGAUAUACUUUUGCACUAAAUAUGUACUGUUCUAAAUAUGUAUCUAGUAUUUGAAUCGCAAGUAAUUUGGAAAAAAUGCACUUGCUUAACACAUUUUAAAAAAAUUACUUUUUCACUUGAGCUCAAUGUUGUGGGCAUGAUAUUUAUGUUGAACUUAUUUCGCACCUUACAUCGCCAACCGUGUUUUGUUGACUUAAUAAAAUUAAUGUGAAUCUUCACAGCUUUACGCUAAAAAUGUG